GAGAUGAGUGGCACCACUGAGCAGAAAUCCAGGCCAUGCCGGGAAGCAGAGCACGGUGUUCAGGAACAGAAACACCAAGAGUUCCAGCAGGUUCACUGCGAGCCUCGGGCCAGCUUUUUGCAUGGAGAUGAAUGAAGCCAUCAGAUGCCUACCUUUCAUUUGGAGAAGUUGGAAUGGAGGAAAAAGGAGAAGGGAGAAAAAAAAAAAACCCAACAAAACCCAUUAAAAGGCAUGGGGAGUGUCGGUUGAGAAGACUCCGCCUUCACUUCUUAUUGGCCCUGUGUAUAAGGCAAGCAAUGCGGCUGCCAGCCGCACUGCCUGAGGAUCUGGGCUCUCUGCAGCACCGGCAAUGGGCAGCAGGUCCCUGCUCGCCCUCCUGGUGGCCCUGGGUGCCUGCCAGCUGGCUGUGCGGGCAGCAGGGCGCUCCAAGGUGAACCCCAGGAUCGUCGUCAGUCCCCGAGGUGAGAGGGAGUAUACAUUUCCCAGGAAUGAGAAGUACCCGGUGUUCUAUCACGAAACAAACAGCUCAAGCAUCUACGUCGGGGGAGAGGGAAUACUUUACUACUAUAACUUUGCAACCUCUGAGACCUACCUGGUAGAGUUCCCUGUGGAAAAUGGAGCACAGUGUUUGAAGCCUGGGAGCCCGGAGGACAAUAAAAACUUCAUCACCUUAAUAGCAAAGCAUGGAAGUGAGAUGUUAGUGUGUGGGACUGGCGCUUGCAAUCCCACCUGCUGGCACUUGACAGAGAAGGAGAAGGACUCUCCUCAGGAUGGCAGAGGUCUUGCUCCUUUCACUCCUGAUACAAAUUCCCUCGUCAUCGUUGACUAUCCUAACAUCUACUCUACCAUCAAGAAAAGCCAGCAGAAUGGCAAGAUCCCCCGCUUCCGACGAGUGAAAGGGGAUGGAGAACUCUACACAAGUGACACGGUGAUGCAAAACCCUCAGUUUGUCAAAGCCACCACGUUAAGGCAUGAAGAUCCUUACCAGGACAAGAUUUACUACUUCUUCCGUGAAGACAAUCCAGAUAAGAGUCCUGAGGCACCCAGAAACAUCUCCCGAGUGGCCCAGCUGUGUAAGGAAGACAAAGGUGGAACCAGUUCCCUCUCUGCUUCCAAGUGGACCACCUUCCUGAAGGCCAGCUUGAUUUGUGUCGACCCGGCCACCAAGGGCAACUUCAACUGGCUGCAGGAUGUCUUCUUUGUCCCUGCAAGUGACUGGAGGGACUCCAAAGUCUACGGGCUCUUCACAAACACCUGGGGAAGCUCUGCUGUUUGUGUCUAUUCUUUUGGGGACAUUGACAACGUGUUUCGGACAUCCAAACUCAAAGGCUAUAACGGUCCCAACCCGGAGAUCAAGCCUGGGCAGUGUGUUCCCUUUGGGCAGCACACCCCAAGUGAGACCUUCAAGAUAGCUGACAGCCACCCAGAGGUAGAGAACCGAGUGGAGCCCCUCGCGCCCACCAGGAGCCCCUUAUUUCACAACAAGCACCGCUACCAGAAGAUUGGGGUGCAUGAGGUCUCUGCAAGUGAUGGACACCAAUACACCGUGCUUUAUCUGGCAACAGACAGGGGAUCCAUCCACAAGGUAGUAGAGCUGCCAGGGGGGGUGCAUAACAUCAUGGAGCUCCAGGUCUUCUCAAAGAAGGACCCGAUCCAGUCCAUGAUCCUGGACCACGAGAGGGCGAUGCUGUACGUGGGCUCGAGCAGGAGAGUGGUGGAGGUGCCCAUGGACAUGUGUGGGGUGUACCGCAACAACUGCGAGAGCUGCCUGCUGGCCAGGGACCCCUACUGUGGGUGGGCCGACGGGCGCUGCCAGUCCAUCUAUCACAACCGGGAGGUGCGUCAGAACCUGAACCUGGAGCCGUGGCAAGGAAAGUGCCAGAAGGGUGAAGUUAAGGAAGGGCAGUGUGUGCCUCCUGGGGAUUCCUGUCUCAUGCCACCCUUCCCAACCUCUUCCAGCAGACAGCUACCAGAACGUCACCGUCGUCCCCGUCGUCCCUUUCUCUCGCUACUACCUCAACUGUCCCGUCGAGUCCCACUAUGCCACCUACAACUGGUACCACAACGACACCCUCAUCAAGACCUGCAACAACACCCACCCGCAGCCGGACUGCUUCUACUUCAUCCAGAACGUGAGCCACACUCACUAUGGCCACUACAUCUGCGUCUCGGAGGAGGACGGCUUCAGGCAGGCUCUGGUGAAGGAGCACCUGGUGAACCAGCUCAGGUUCAUGUCGCAGAAGGGUCAGGCCACCAUGACUUUGGCAUCCUGGCUGCAGCUGCUGCUCAUGGUGCUGUUGGUGGAGCUCUUCCACUGAGCACGACGCGGCCGCCUUCCCAACUGCUGCCACUCUUCCUGCACUUAACGUGAGGCCAGAUCCUUGCUCUCAGUCACUCCUUGGGCACUAACCUUUGACUGUCCCCAUUGGUGUCCCGGCUCUGUGGGCAUCUUCAGAGUCGAUGUGAGGAAGAGGCAGCGACAGGGCCAGAUGGAGCAGGGUUUGGGGCCAGGAGCAUCCUGUCUCAAGGGGGACGUUCACUGUACCCGCAGGACUGCAGCCUGCCCCCAGGCACGCGCUGGUAGCUCCAUACUGGUGGUCCUGAGCACGCACCAGGUGCAGACUUUGUUCAGGGGACUAUGCAGAUGUGCAUGCACUGAUCCUCAGGGCGCGACGGCUCCUCUCUUUGGGAACGUGCAUGUGAUGAAGAGGAGGAGCCAGCCCUUGGCCUUUCGAACUGGUUGGCCUGCGCUUCUCUCCAGGGUGUUAGUGGCUAACAACAAGCCCAAGCGGCGAGCAGCUGGGAUCUUCCCAGUGUCACUCGUGGGUCCCGUUCUGCUCUGGAAGGGUUUUGUUGGUUGUUCAGAGGGCUGUGAUGUGGGAGAGCGAGCGGGAGCUGGCACUGACAAACUGCAGGGAAGGGCAGGCUCAAAGUUAGCGUUUUGCAUGGAUAAGACUUGGAGGAUGACUUAGCUAUAGAUUCGGGGUGUGGGGGAGGACAGACCAAAGGGCCCUAAGAUUUCCUAGAGACUGGAAGGAGAGGUGGAAGCCCCCAGGAGGCCCUGGGGAGACGUUAAACGCACAAAUCCGUGCAGGCAGCUAGGGGCAUCGCUCUGCGGACAGCCCUGCUCCCAGUGCCCCUUUCCCCUUGGGGAGGGACUGGGCUUCCUCAGGGAAAGAGGAGCCAGGCUGUGGGGCUCAGGGCUUCUCAGCCACUUCCACCCCUGGGUGCUGCAUGAUGAGACAGGGGAGGGCCAGCACCCCCCCCCCCCGCCCUGGGCUCUGAGGCCUCCAAGCAAGAUUAAACUGUGAAAUGUGGGAUAUUGUCCCUGUGCCUAUGCGCAGAGGGUGAUCCCACACCUUGUCCGAGCCUUCCCCUGCCCUAUGGACUGCUGGAACUCCCCCAGCCUGGUGGGCAGAGUGCUGGGCAGGCUGUGCCGCCAGCUGAGCCUUGUGGUCUUUGGGCAAAGCAGGGGGGGGUGUAGGCAGAGCAGAGCUUCCUACAGCACUACGUUCCCACACAACCCCCAGAGCCUAGCAUAGAGCUUCUUACGUCUCUUCUCAAAGCACUUUAACUUUGUCAACUAACAAAUAACCUAUUUAUUAUCAACGAGCAAUUGCUGUACUUGUCUAAUUUUCUAGCGUGAUAGAAAUUCGGGCUCAGAGUAGAGAAAGGAGGGAAAGAAAACAGCUACCAAAAAACAAAACCCCUUUCCAAGCUGUGACCAAAGUGAGGUGGUGAUCAUUGAAAUAAAGAGUGGACGAGA